AUGAGCGCCCUUGGAAAAUUUGUCGGCUCGCAGACUGUCCGUGAGCUGUUGCAAAAAGGAAUCAUCAACAAAGAAGGCGUUCGGCUCCUCGACUGCAGUUUCGUGCCCGGCGUCAAGCCCGACUGGAAAAAGUUUCGCCUCGAGCAGUAUGGGAAGUUCGACAAAUUGGCCCAGGCCAAAACACGUGGCCGUGAAAUGUACUUGGCUGGUCAUAUCCCCGAGGCUGUUCACGCUGACCUGGAUUUGGCCAUGUAUCCGGGCCAGUACGAGCGCUUUUCACAGUAUCCGCCCGAGGUUUUUGAGCAGUAUAUCGAAUUACUCGGCGUGAACCGCGGUGAGCAUUUGAUCCUAUACGGUCGUGGGGCCUAUCACGGAAUGAUGUGGCCGGCUCGAUUUGCUUGGCUGUUCAAGUCCUACGGUCAUCAAGAAGUCUCGUUGCUCGAUGGCGGUCUGGAAGAUUGGGCUAAUCGCGGUUUCGAGAUCACUCAAGAAGUUCCAAAAUUACCGAAAGGCAACUGGAAAGCCGGUGACCACUUCAAGGAGACGCUCAUCACCUUCGAAGAGCUCGAGUCUGUGAAUGGGAAUUACGAACCCAAGCCCGUGCCCGACAUCGAGCCCACGGAUCCGGAGGCAGAGCAAAAGGAGAAGGAGGCAAAGUGGAGCAAGGAGAUGGAGGACUGGGAGAAGCGGAACCGGGGCCACAUGCUCAUUGAUCAGACGUCGUCGAUCAAUUUCCUCGACUCACGACCGCGAGCGCAGUUCGAAGGUUUGCAGGAAAGCGGGCUUAAUCAGAUGUACUGCGACGCCGCCCACAUUCCCGGCUUCCUGAAUCUCCCGGUCGGCGAGAUGUUCACCGACGAGGGAACGAUCAAGGAUCCCGCCAUGAUCAAAGCUUGGCUCGAAGAAAAUGGCUUCUCGGCUGGGAAGCCGACGGUGACGCAGUGCAUGACGGGGAUGCAGGCAUCACUUUUGGCCUACGGAAUCGAAUACGCCCUUCCGGAUCACCGCCCAAGAUUGCAUAGCGGUAGCCUGAAGGAAAUGGAAGUGCGCGACCCCCGUAAAGUCAGCGGCGGCCACCGUCACAUCCCGCUAUCCGCCAACGCUAAGCUU